AUGUGGGUGAAACCAUCAGAAAUAUUGGUCACUGGAUUUUGGUCUACUGAUCGAGCAAAUCCUUAUUUUGCAUUACAACGUCGUCGAGGUCAUGAUGAAGAACAUGGAGGUUUUACUAGUCUUUUUGUUGCUACAAUUGAUUCUGUAUUAGACAGCAAAACAAAUCGUUAUCGAAUUCUUCAUCAAAGACCUGAUUCGGAAGUUUAUCAUUUGAUUGCUGAAGCAGACACAAAAGAAGAAAUUGAAGAGCAUUGGAGCUGGAUCGAAGAAAAUCUAUUACCAACACUUGGAGGAAUUGAAGCAGGAGUUGAUGUAACUGAUUAUGUUCAAUGUAAAAUAAAAAGUUUAUGUGCACAAGUUGAUGAAGCUGAAAUUGAUGAUUUUGAAUCGGAUAAAUUUAAAAAUGCAACAAAAAAAUUCCAUAAAUUAUUUAAUGUUCCAAUUGAUGAAAAACUUGUUACAUAUUAUUCUUGUUCAUAUUGGCGUGGACGUGUACCACGUCAAGGUUGGCUAUAUUUAUCAGUGAAUUAUUUAUGUUUUUAUUCAUAUUUACUUGGCAAAGAUAUAACUAUUGUAUUGAAGUUUACUGAUAUAACUUCACUUGAACGUUUACAAGCAUAUGUUUCUGAAACAAUACGUAUUGGUACUCGAUUUCAUGUUCAUGAUUUUUCAAUGUUUAGAAAUAUUGAUGAAACAUAUCAAAUGAUGGAACAAUUAGCAAAUUUUGCUGCGAAAAAAUUAUUAUCAGAAAAAGGUGCUUUUCGUGAAGAAGAUUUCUUUCCAGCUGUUACUAAAAAAACUGCACCUAAAGUAAUCUCUCAAUUAAAACGUGAUCUUGAUGCCAAAACUCGUAGUGAACUAUAUCAAUGUCGAUUUCGUUUACCAGCAACUGAACGUUUAGAUGGUGAAGUUGCAUGUCAUUUGCAUACGUCUUAUAAUCGUUCCAAUGUGUCUGGUAAACUUUAUAUAUCGCUCAAUUUUGUGUGUUUCGCUAGUCGAGUUUAUCAUCAAGUUAAUUUAAUCAUUCCAUUUCGUGAUAUAGUCGCUAUUAAAAAACAGUCCGAUGAUGUAAUUUUACCAGAUAUUGAUACUCAAUCUACAAUAAUAAUAACAAUAAAAGAACAAGCCGGAAAAUUUCUAUUUUUGAAUUUUGUGGAUCGAGAAUUUGUUUAUGAAAAAUUAUUAAAUAUAUUAUCACAAUAUGAAGAAGCAAAAUCUGCAGAUGUUGAUAUAUCAGAAAUAACGUUAUCACCGCCACUCUAUUUACAAUUUAAUAGUAAUUAUACGGAAGAACGACUUACACUUGAAAAAGAAAGAGAAACAUUAUGGAAUAUGCAUUUUACUACAUAUGGAAGAGGUUCAACAAUGUAUAGAACUAAUGAAUUAUAUGAAUUAAUAUUUCAAGGUAUACCUGAUUCAUUACGUAAUGAAUUAUGGUUAAUAUUUAGUGGUGCAAUACAUGAUAAAGCAGCAAAUCCAAAUAUCUAUCACAAAUUAGUUCAACAAUCGUCACUUGUUAAAACUUAUCAUGAUUCAACUAAUGAUGAAAUUGAACGUGAUCUUUAUCGAGCAUUACCUGAUCAAAAAGCUUUUCAGAAUGAAUCAGGUAUUAGUGCAUUACGAAGAUUAUUAAGAGCAUAUGCUUGUCAUAAUACUGAUGUUGGCUAUUGUCAAGCAAUGAAUAUUAUCGGUGGAGUACUUUUACUCUAUAUGAACGAAGAAGAUGCAUUUUGGACAUUAGCAGCAUUAUGUGAACGUCUUUUACCAGAUUAUUAUAAUACAAAAGUUGUUGGUGCAUUGAUAGAUCAAGGUAUAUUAUAA